GGGGAGAGGAAGACUCAAACACCAAAAAAGGUCUUGAGUCAGAGCUAGAGAAACUGCAGGCUUAACAGAUGCUUCACAACAGUGUGGAGAGAAAGGCUAGGCAGAGACAGAUCCACAGACAGGCAGAACGAGGAGGGAACUAACAAAGAUGAGCAACAGAGAGAAAGGUAAAGAGGAACAAGAAGAGGAACAAACUGAAAAACAGAACUCCUGUUCUGAGAACAAUAAUUUGGGUUAGACAGAAAAGGCAGGUCAUCCAAAAAAAAAAAAAAAAAGUUCCAGGAACGAGUGUGUCAGCUGUUACUGUAAAUGUGAUCCUCAACAGACCAACCAGAAAAACUGAAAACCCUGAGGGGGAAGAAGAUCAAGGUGCUCUCUCAAAUCAAACAAACACUGGUACUAUAAGAUCUCUCGACCUUCAGCAGUCAUGUCAACUAGCCCUAGCCUUGGAGCACCUGACUUGGCCCAGGGCACCCAGACUUUGGGACCCGUUGGUCUCCAGACACUGUUGGACCUACUGGUUGGUGUCUACCAGGAGUUCUACUCCUCACCCUUCACAAGGGAGAAGUAUGUCUCCCGCUUCCUGCAAUGGGCGGAGCCCCUGGUCAGGCAGGUGAAGAAAACUCGGAUCAAAAGAGAAGACUUUCAAAUCCUGAAGGUGAUUGGCCGCGGCACAUUCAGCGAGGUUGCUGUGGCGAGAAUGCAAAGCAAUCAACAAGUGUAUGCUCUGAAGAUUAUGAAUAAGUGGGACAUGCUGAGGCGGGGAGAGACAGCUUGUUACCAGGAAGAGAGGGAAGUUUUGCUGAGGGGUGACAGACGCUGGAUCACAGAGUUGCAUUAUGCAUUUCAGGAUGACAACUACCUGUACCUGGCAAUGGACUAUUACGUAGGGGGGGACCUGCUGACUCUACUCAGUAAGUUUGGACACCGGGUUCCUGAGGACAUGGCUCAGUUCUAUUUGGCUGAAAUGGUCAUGGCCAUUGACUCGGUCCACAGACUGGGCUAUGUACACAGAGACAUAAAACCUGACAACAUUCUGCUGACAGCGGAGGGACACAUCAGACUCGGGGACUUUGGUUCCUGUCUCAGGCUCCUUGAAGAUGGGAUGGUUCACUCAUCUCUAGCGGUGGGGACCCCUGACUAUUUGUCUCCAGAGAUUUUAAGGGCAGUGGAGGGAGCUGGAGGUUAUGGUCCUGAAUGUGACUGGUGGGCUCUGGGUAUCUGUGCCUAUGAGAUGUUGCUGGGAAGUGCACCCUUCUAUGCAGAGUCCAUCUCUGAAACAUAUGCAAAGAUCAUUCACUUCCAGGAGCAUUUCGAGCUCCCUGCUUCUGGCCCUGAUAUUUCAGAAAAGGCUUGUUCUUUCAUCACUGGCCUCAUCUGUGAGAAGGAAGUCCGUCUGGGGAGGAAAGGCUUCAGUGACUUUAGAAGCCAUCCUUUCUUCUCUGGACUCGAUUGGGGCUCCCUACAUAAACUCUCUGCCCCCUUCCUGCCUGAAGUAUCAAAUCCAACUGACACGUCCAACUUUGACAUUCUGGACGACUGUCUCAAGAAGACGGAGACACUGUCUGAUGUCAUAGAGAAAGCUCCAAUAGGAGUACACAUGGCUUUUGUUGGAUACUCCUACACAGCUACUAGUCAGACGGGGGCUAUUGACCGCAGUCAGGACAUUAUGAUGCAGAUUGACCACACCACGCUGAGGGGCUUUGAGAUGUCUUUCUCUGCUAUUCAGGGCCAGCUGUGGCAGCUCACAGACACUCUAGAUGAGCAACCUGCACUGUUGGAGCUCCCAUUUACUCUACAUCCUGGUCCUCCUGUAGCCACACACACCAGCACCACAGAGGAGGAGCAGACUGACAAAAUGUCAGAUCUCAAUGAAGACAUGAAGAGACGGUUACAAGAAACAGAAAGGAGAAAUUGUGAGCUGGAGAUAGAAAUGGAGCGAUUAAAGGAGGGAAUGCAGGACAGGAGACCCAACAAGGAAACAGAGCUGAGUAUCUGCCCAGCAUCUAUUGCUCUGCCUGCCCACAGUGUGGAUGCACCAUGGGAUAGGGAGAAUUCGCCCCCAGGCUGCCAUUACCCACUGGUGAUACCUCUGCAUCGACACCUGCUCCUGUUCCACAGGGUUCGCCUGCCACAGGUGAAGAGUGAGUCGUACCUGCUGGUGUGUGCAGAGGGGGGAGAGCUCCAAGCCUGGGAGAGACAAUGUUAUACUGAGCUCUCCUGAAUGUGCUGAGGUCUGAACUCCCUUCUCCCAGCAUCACUUUUCAGCCCCCAAAUUUCCCCAUGACUGAGGAAAGCAAGACCACAGGCCUCCACAGGAGCAGCAGAGGGUGUCAGUACUGUGUGAGACUUUUAGACUAAGUUUUAAAGGAUCAGAAAGGUAGCUAAGACUGCUAAGACUGCUUAGCCUGCUUUUAUACGAUCUAUUAAAACGUCUGUCUUAAGGUCAGAUGAUAAAGAGAUUAGACAGAAAAUAGAGAGAGAUGAGCUCACAAUAAGAGGUACUGUAGGUGCAGACACUACUGAUUAAAUUGUAUCUGAAAAUGUGUGUGAUUGGAAGAAAACGUUUUGUUCAAGGGGAAAUGUAUGAGGAAAAAUAUAGAAGAGUAUUGCAGUGCUGCAGAGAUGCCAACGCUUUAACAAAUCUUUAUUAAAUCUUCAUUAAUGCAAUGCGAGGACACCGGGACUGUAGUUUUUUAUCAGUACAAAUGUGUGAUUUAUGCUAAUGUCUCAUUAUGGUCAACAUGACCUCUUAAUUGUCAGUGUGACCUCUUCAGGGUCAAUAUUAUUGCAAUAUUUUAAUUGUUACUUUCACAGUAGGCUACCUUCUCAUCAACUCAAAUUUUUAUUGUAAUUGUCUCUUACACAGGAGGGCGCUUAAUCCCCAAAAACUUUACACAUCCUCGUCCUUGUCAUACAAUUCCCCCUACUUGUGCACCAAUUAUACAGGGGUGUCAAACACAUGGCCUGCGGGCCAGAUCUUGCCCGCCAACAGGUUCCUCAAAUUGUAUUGGGGAUACUGGGAUUAUAUAGUUCUGAAAAAUAUUUAUAUUAGAUUUCUAUAUAUUAAAUAUUUUAAAUAUAAAUAAUAAACCAUGUUUGUCAGCAGAAAGUAACAUUAAAAAAGACUUAAAAGAAAGGUUGACAUAGAAUGCAGAGUAUUUCAAUUGAGUUGGAAGGGUGGUUUUCAGAUGUCAGUGUCAAUACAUUUUUGCCACAAACGACAUCUUGCUGCAGUCAAACUUUAUUUUUUCCCCCUCUCUAUUGAUCUUAGUUAGAAUUUCAGUGUGGAUUAUCAGGAUGCUCCUCCUUUACAUUCACCUCCAGUAUACCUCAUCCAGUGUCCGGGUUAAGCUCUCUAUAAGCCCCCCGCCCCACCCCCCAUCCUGUAUACGUGCUUUCUUAACCCCCUCCACCGGUGUAGACUACUGAAUCAAUAUAAAUGACAUUCAUGUACUUUCAAUGACUGUUUGCAGCUUUCAGACAUUUUUAUAAAACUUUAUUUGUGUACUAUUUUGCACUAGGCCUUGUUGGUUGAUCUAUCUCAGUCACUGUACUACUUGGUUUCCACAAGCGACUGAAACAAAAGAGCUUAAAGGCAGAGGUUGCAACAAACCUUUUCCUCCUUCAUCACUUACUGCCACAUCGUAAACACCACCCAUUAGAGUUCAUUUUGGAGUUGCAGAUUAUGUUUGCAUGGACCAGGUUGCACACUGGCCUUGGAAAUGUGGCAAGCCUGGUUGUUGAAAAUUAUGCAAAAUUAACCAACACCCUCUAUAAGAAAAGCGGUGUGAGUCUAUGCUUCAAUGUGGAAAGUCUUUGCGUUUGGCCCAGGCUUAACUGCCACAAAUGCUGAUAACAAUGGUUCAAACUUGUGUGAUGAUAAAAAUGUGUAUGUUUUUACACCUUUAUGUGUUUUGUCAGGUUUACUAUAUAAGUCUGUUGCUCAGUUUUCUGCAGCUACAGUAACUUUCUCAGAAGACCUUUCUAUAUGAGGCUGUCUUAUUUGUUUUUAUUCAAAUUGUAUUUGUUGGUUGAAAAACAAAUCUUAAAAUAAAAUAAAAAUAUUGUUAAAGUUAUAAUUUUGAAAUAUGUUGUGAAAAUGCAAAUGAAUACACAAAUUUAUGGUCCUAAGGCAAAAGACUUUCAAGCUGAAUUACUGUCAAAUGAAUAAUACAUUUACUAUAAAUGGACUAAUGUAACGUGUCUAACAUUACAGAUCUUUGACACUAGAGGGUGGUAUUUAAAAAUACAAUGUCACAAAUACAUUGUAUGUGGUCUAUUAAGUCUGCUUGAUGUUCCCCAUAAUUUUCCUAUGAAGGGAAGGGGAGCGCUGCAGUUUUCUGUUAUUACACUUUUGCACUUGUUUUUGAUUUAUGUGGGAGUUUGAUAGCAAUAUUUUGGUUUUAUUAAAGGUA